UGGUCCCUGGAUUCAUUUCAGUCGCCAAGCCUCUUGGUCAGAAGUCUCACUUCUCCGGACUAGUUGGUCGUGCUGGUUCUGGGUGUUCAGCUGGUUUUCUCCGCGAUUUCAUGAAGGUGACCCUGAUCCUGUAUCUCUAUGGCUUGUACUGACGAUGUGCUUGGAGGUAAAAGCCCUUCAUCUAUAAUGGUACCUGUGGACAAAAAUGAAAACAGGGAGCUGUGCCAUGGUGUGCCUCUCCAGUGUCCAAAUCCCAUGCUGAAGGAUGAUGAUGAUAAUGAAGAGACCUGGGGUCACCAUCGUGCUCCACUGAGACCUCCCUUCACUGUGCUAAGACCAGGAUCCUACAUUCCUGGUGGUCGGAGACCUCUGAGACAGCCUUUCACCCUAACACCUGCUGUUGAGGAAGAGCUCCUAGCAACAGCAGAAAUAAACAUCUCUGAGGGGCUAGACAGCCAAAGCCAGAAGAAACACUAUUCUAUUAAUAUGUCGCAGGAAGUCUCUAGCAGCCCUACACUGCCAGAGAUGGUCAGUGGCCCAAAAGUCAAUUGUGGGCCCUCUGAGAGAGCUUGCAACAAUUCACAUCCUUAUGUGGCUUUUCCUGGAGGUCAAGGGUUUUUUCCACCUAGGGGCCCACAACAAAGCCCUGCGUAUCUUCCAAAUCUUAGAUCAGGAGUAAUGAUGGAGGUGACAUCAAGGAAUGUGAGAAUGGCCAACAGUGUUAAUUUGGCUCGUGUUUCUUUCCCAGUGGGAGCACCAAGGCACUUUGUGGAUAAUUGGCAAAGGCUACCUCUCCCUUUCACAACGAAUACUCCAAGAUUAGCUUGCUCUGGUGCUAGAGGGUUCAUACCAUCUCAGCUCCCAAGAUUCAAUGUGUUUCCCAAUAUGCCAAUUGUUUUUAAUUGUCCUCUCACAUUCACCCAUCCACUGUUGCCAUUCUUUUUCUUUUAUAAUUCUGGAGCAAUGCGUUUUCCUCCACACUCAAACUAGAGAGGUCAAAUGAUGGCAAAAAGGGAAGGAGGAAAAAGGGUUGGGGGAAAUCUGAAAGACAUUCAUGUCUGCAUUCAUAUAUGAAAUU